AACAAUAAUUAUAUAAUAGUGCUAGGUAUUUGGCUAGAAUAUUUAUUUCCACUAUACUGUUAUUAGUUUGUAAAGAGCUUAACAGCUGUGAUAGGGGAUUGUUUAUUAUUGUGACACAUCAAGCAUUACUUCCUACUCUUGAUGUGAUGUUUUGCAUGUCAAUGAAAGGGGGUUAUAUUUGAACUUCCCCUCUAAAAAGCAGUGUGGUUAAAGUCGCAGUUUAUUCUCUGUAUGCUGGAAUUGUUACAUCAUUUGGAUUUAGGACUAAAAGACUUGAAGUAAACCAGGACUACAGGUAUUAAUCAAUUGAAAUCAUGGAUGGAAGUUUACAGACAUCCCUGUCAGAGGAGGAUUCUUCCAGCAAACACCCCUCUUUACCUGAAGAAAAUGAACAGAAGACAUCAAUUCAGUCUGAGCAGCAAGAGGAUGCUGCACAGGAGGAGUUACUCCCGUCUGGUGAGGAGCAGGUGACCCUCAUCACAGAAAGUAUGUCCAUCACCUCUGCUGAUGAGGAGAAACUGCAGCUCCUCAACAAAAACACUGAACUUCGCAGACUCAACAAAGAGCUGAUGAAGCUGAAUGAGGAGUGGGAUCAUAUCUAUCACAGCACCAGUGUGGGUCUUCAGCAGCGUUUAGCAGCUCUAGAGGAGGAAAGUUCAGUGCUCAAACAGCUCAACAGCAGACUGAUGCUCAAAGUCGACCAUGAGCAGCAUAAGAGGGAGUAUUACGAACACACACUGAUGCAAGAACUGAAGAAGAACCAGCAUCUUCAGGAGUAUAUUAGACUGCUGGAGAGCCACCUGCACCAAACAGACCUAAACCACUGGCCAACAGGGACACAGAUGCCAGAUAUCAACGGCAUCUCAGAGGCUCACCUCCAGAGAAACACUAAGCCAUCUGUGGAGGUACGAUCGUCUCCUGGGCUUCCAGUGUCUCCAGACGCAAAGUCUAGCCGAAGACUGGCUGGCAUGGGAGCAGAGUACCAGACAGACCCCGUGAGAGAGGUACAGGAUCUUAAAGAACAACUGGAGGCGCUGCGAUGUCAGACUGAAAUAUAUGAAGCCGAUUAUAAAACGGAGCAUAAAGACCAUGAACGCAUGCUGCAGGAGAAUAAAAGACUGCGGCGCAGAGAGGGAGAGAUGCGUCAGCAGAUGGCGCUGCUGCAGGAGCAGUUAAAGGUGUAUGAAGAUGACUUUCAGAAGGAGCGUUCAGACAAACAGAUUCUCCAGAGACUGCUGAUGAAGAAAGCUCCUGCCGUGAAGGACCCGGUUCUGGUGCAUCGCUGCAACAAUGAGCAGGACCGGUCCAAAACAGAGAGACGAAAACACAGAGAAGAGCAGAGGGGCGAAUACGUUUGCCCAAAACACCGUGAACAUCACAGGCAGCUGGACUUCCCAUGAACUGCCAAACAUACUGAGGAUCAAUAUUGAGGAUUUAUCAUAUUAGAGCAGUGUAUACAACAUUUUUGUAUGUUUUAUACUUCCUUUUGUAACUAAUAUAUUUAUUUUAGGUUCUUUGUUGUUUUCUUGGAAUUUCAUAUUUUCAACAAAAAAUAAAUAAAACUAAAAAGUAUUGUA